AAAAAAACACGACAAAAAUUGCAAUUUUUCCCCCUGCAAGAUGUGAGAAAUGAGUUCGCGGGAUAUUAAUCACGAGCACGCCAUUUCCUCACUCCACACACUUUUUAUUAUUGUAUACCUGCAGGAAAUGGCUUGGAUAUCAGCACCACUUCUGAUCAGUGCCAAUGUAUUUUUACAUGCUUGUAUUAGGCAGUUUUCUAUUGAAUCCCUGGUAUUUUCCGGUGUAAUUUUCUCAUUUUUCCUGCUCUCCGGCGUUGGUAUUACUGUAGCUCUCUACGUAGCUCAUACGGUGGCUCUGAGGCAUGUGAAGCCCGGGUAUUUUCUACCGUAUGCUGUGAUGAAAGCGGUUAGGAUUGUCACAUUGGCUAUUGUAUCAUUCGCAAUACUAUUCUCACCUACACUUAUCAAAACAUACUUCUAUGCCAGUAUCUACGGACUUUUUGAGACACUCGCCGGAGCAAUUGCGUUAGAGGUAACAAUUCGAUGUAUCCGAGAGACCAAGCGAAUCCGAAGUGGUCGACGGCGGCAAACUCGAGCCGACGCAAACCUCCAGCCAAAUAUCGUAUCGAAAAGUACUCUAAUUCAAGAAAAUUGUUAGAAAAUGUGUAUUUUUUUAUUUGGAACUUAUUUGAAACGGGUGAACUUGCUCAUUGGAAAAUUGAUAUAAAUUUGUUGGUUUU